AUGGAUCCAAGCUCCUCGGAAGCAAGCAGUUCGGCACCCAGAGCCAGGGGAAGGGGCAAGUCGCGUGGCGGACUGGGCAAAUACCUUCGUGCGAGAGGUCGUGGCCGUGGCCGUGGUCGGCCUGCGGAGUGGGGCCAACGACUUACACUUGAAGGCGAGGGGCAUGCUGAGCUUGAUGAAGAAGAACAGCGGGAGCUGGAGGAGAAGUAUUCAAGGAGAGAAUUAGGAUCCAAUGCAGAUCGGUACGCCGAGCCCGAAGCCGAGCUUGACUCUGAAGGCGAGGGGGAAGAAGUGGUGGAACCCGAGGUGGACCUUUCCUCCUUCCUUGAGCGUCAGCGGCUCUCAGAAAAACCCUCAUCCGUGUCGCCACCAUCAGAUGAGGACGAAGAUGUUGAUGCGAGCCUUGCACAUCUAACACCGCAUUCCAAACACGUCCCACAAUCAAAGAAGGGGAAAGUACAACAAGUUGCUUGGGAUUCCUCUUUAGAAGAGAUGCGCCGCGAGAAAGCUGCAGCCGAGGCGAAAUGGGGUGAGGUCGACGCAUUCCCUCUAAGCCGUCCUACAUGA